AUGUUUGGCCGCCGUGUCUUUGCCAGCGCCGGUGUACCGCGCCACAUGUGGGCCCCUCUUCACAUUCAAAGCAAUCGGCAGGCACAACGCGUCCUUCCGUCGCUCGCAUCGCUGGCGUCGCACUCGGCGGCUGGUCAUAUUUCUUCCGUCGCCGCGGUGCUGAGUGCGCCGCAGUUGAUGAGUGUCAUGGAGCCGCUUUAUGGCGAUGAGGAUCCGCUCCUUUGCGCGGCAUCGAUCGCGUGUCACCGCGGCUGCCUUACCUCUCUCGCGAAUUUAUGGUGUAUGCCUUUGAGGACCAUAGUGUGCACACUAGAUAAUAAACUACAACAUGCUUUCUUAAGCACCAUAUCGACUGUUGAUUUGGGCGUGAGGGAGGGGAGCGGGGGGAGGGCAUUGUUCGUGGUGAGAUGA